AUGUGGAAACCGGAAGAGGUCGUACCACGGCACAAACGGCGGGCCGUGCUGCUCUGGACGACGCUGAUCGUGGGCAUCAUCUCGUAUUCUACCUACACACUGUACAGAGGCCUCAAGAGGCGCGAGGACCCCGGCACGACCUUCAAGCUCUCGAACAACAUAUAUCAGUACCCGGACUUGUGGGUGUGCUUGUAUGUCAACUACGGCUGCGACGAAAUGGAGCUGCAGGAGGAAUGCGUGAACUCCUCGAACGCAACAGAGGGAGGAGAGACCCUUGCGGUGUUCUACCCCGGGGGGGAAUACGAGCAAGUUAUUCCCGGGGAACAAAUCCUAUCAAAAGACAAAGGCUUCUUCUGCGUGGAGUACGAGACCUCGACCAUCACGACGUUUCUGGGGCAAGAGCCGGAAACUGGUGAAUACCUCGACCACAUCCUCCUUGACAUGAGCUGGUACCCGGGUGGAUACAACGAUUCCAAAACUUGCCUCGCGGAAGGCUGGGGGACCCACAACGAAUGGAUAUACAUCACCUUCAAGGACGCAGGAACAGGGAGCCUCUCCUCCGAAAUCCCACUUCCGUAUACCUGCAUUACUAAUGGGUCAACCAGUCGGGAGUUCACGCACGUGGGGAUAGAAGUCACGAAAGUGGAAAGGCUCUCGGGAGACAUCGACGUGACGUUCGAAGCAAAGAGCGUCAUAACAACGACACAGAAAAUUGAGGUAGGAUGCAAGGGUGGCUACAUGCGACCGGUGGGAUACGACACACACGGUAACGGUCUAUCACGAGCGCGGUGCAGCAGAAAAAGGUAUCGGGUUCAAGCCUUUCACGCGAAUGUUGGAAUUUGCCGAGAUAAUGAUCAACAACGGUAACUGGUAUACCACGUGGUAUCGUAGCAGUGGAGCGUACGUGCAAAAAUGUGUUGUACCUGUGCAACCUGUUUUUCUAUAUGAUAGGUUUUUGUACUUGGCGUAAAAUUUGAUGUUUCGGGUGCCAUCAGACAAUUUUGCGUCAUGUCGGUUAGCGGACUUCCAUUGGUGUCGAACCAUUGCCAAGGCUCGUACCGUCCCUUCGUACGUUGCGCAGCCGAACCCAGGUAUUGCGAGGCCGUAUGCCAACCUGGCUCUGCUAAUCUACCAGGAGACGAACUCAUUGCUCACCAUCAAAGAGAUCGACCCUCUCGAUCUCGCCGAACUGUUUGGCACCGUUGGCGGAUUCUGGGGUGAGGACACCGGGCGUCUAAUUUUUGCAUUUUGG